CAAGAACCAACUAGCCACUAAACUCGUAUAAUCGUUUCCGCUUCCCUUUAUUCGUAUCUCGUCCUUACUCUACUCAUUACAGGCACCAACAGCCUAUCCAAGAGUCUGUAGUACGUCAUGAUUUAUUAACCCAAGGUCAUUCCUACUACAAUGAACAGAGCGCCUAUACCUUUGGGACCGCAUCCCCAAGGGCUCCUUCUCGUUUGUCAACCGUAGCAAGUUUCUGUUGUAAGAAAUUGUUGAUUGUCGGAAUUACGAGAUGCGCGCUGGCGAAGAAGGUGGUUGGUUGGCUCCAGGGAGGCUUCAUGUCUCGGCAGGUUUGCUUUACAAUAACUUAAUUGAUGCUUGCGUAAAGAACUGUCAUCACCUAUUGUGGGAACUGUCCAGAAUAUUGAAGGUUACUCUGUGAAAUGAUUCCGCGUCCGGUGUCGUUAUCGAUAUCACGAGGAGCGAGCUGCAGUGGCGCAGCAUAUGGCUUACAGGCCCGCUGCAGUUCCCGGUUUCCUCUUCGAUGCCGGAGAAUACGCCGAGCUCAUGACGUUAAUGUAUGCGCAUCAUCUCAAUCGUCUGAGUCAUCUGAGUCCGCUGGAGGGAAACAGAUCCGACGUGUUGGAUUCUCCAGCUUGACAACCUGGAAGGACUUCUGUGAGAAGAUGGGCGUUUCCGAAAAUUUUCCAGCUGGUGAAAGAGAAAUGGACAGCACUAUUUCUCCCCGGACUUCACAAGAGCUUGAUGUUGCUGUUUUAACGUUCCUUGUGGAGUUCCUCAGCAAGCCAAUUGUUAUGUUUGAUGAAGUCGUUCUGCAUCCAACCGGUCGGGAGAGGCCCCUUUACCUCCUCAUCUAUUCUGUCCUGUCCCAACUUGCACUUCUAAAUUUUGGCCAACGAUCUCUGGUUAUCUCCCAAGGUCCUGAUGAUCCAUCGGUCCACAUGGACCAGGAAGCCCCAGAAGAUGAGCAGCAGCAAGAGUCCAGAAAUGUGGAGCAUGGUCGUUCUGAGUUUGUUGUCCUACGUGUACCCCCUCCAGCGAAGUUACGAGAGAGUUAUAACCUGAUGGAAACUCUUCAGAACGGUGGCAAGGCAGUGAUGGUGGUGGAAGUGAAGAAAACGGUGACUUUCAACAAUGACAUAUGGCAGCCCCUUGCAACAGCUCUUGAGCUGGCAAUCCAGAAUGAGACGGAUCCAGUUACGCUACUGCUCACAGAUGCAUCAUCCUGGUAUUUUGCUACUGUGCAGCUGGUCCAAAAGAUUGAUAAUAAAGGACCUCCCAUGCCCAAGGGCAACUCCCAGGCACAUGGUUUCCAGUUCCAGGCAUGUGGUCAUGAGUUCUGCCUCUUCGAUUGGAUGGUGUUCAAAUGUGACCUCCUGUUAACUAGACGUAUUUCAUCAGUUGUGCCUCAGAUAUUCGUUCACAUGCACAAUGUGCUGUACCCUGGUGAAGACAUCACCAAGGUUGCAGAUCGGGCAAAGCUAGGCAGUGCGGCACUUCAAGCUCUUGCAGUCAAGUGGGCGGAGCCUGUAAUCACAGACGUGGUUACAAGUAAACAGAUAAAUGACCUGAAGCAGAAGCUGGAGGAAAGUAAGCAGAGGGAGGAGGAAAGUAAGCAGAUGCUGGAGAAAGUUAAGCAGAGGGAGGAGGAAAGUAAGCAGAAGCUGGAGGAAAGUAAGCAGAGGGAGGAGGAAAGUAAGCAGAUGCUGGAGGCGGAGAAGAAGAAGGCGGCACAAGAGAUUGAGGCCCUCAAAAGGCAGCUGCAAAGGCAGCAGCAGCAAGGCCAGUAAUGGAGAUGUGGUGUAUGAAAGUCACCUUUUCACAAAUACCCAGCUGCUGGACGAGGCACUGUUGCACUUCCCUAAUCUGUGUGCGUUUUCUUGUAGUUGGUGGGGCAGCCCCAUGCCAAGUUGAACAUCUGGCUUGUUGCUCCGAUUCCAUUCAAAUGGCCAAACUUGCAGACCUAGUCACUAUAGAUAUAUGUGUGUUUAUGCAUCUGUCUGGGUGAUGAACAAGUGGCUGUUGUUGCUGUCAUAAAAUGUUACCAGCUGCAGUCUAGCCCUAUGGCAGUCCGGAGACAUGUAGCUACAAGCUUGAUACAUGUGCAGCCCCGAAAAUGUGAUAAUUAGGCACGAAUAUGUCCGCUUAGUGUGUCAAGUGUUAUGAUUAGGUUAGUUAAAAUGAUUUCCAGGCUAUAUGAGCGCGGGGAUGUGGUGUUUGUCCUGAUGACCUACUCUCUAGCUAUUGCCAUUUGGCAAUCCAGAUAUUUGUACAGCCCAAGGCUCAACAGCUACGGGACAGUUCUUACUGUAGAUGUGCAGCCCCGAAAGCACGAUGGUUACAACUGGUGUAUGCAUAUUAACUGUAUUGGUGCUCCGAUGUAAGGAUGAAAACCCUAAAACCUUAAGGAAGCUUGGAUGUCAUGCUCGUGGCCCAACGGAAGGCCUAUUGUUCCAGCACAAAGAAGCAUAUUGUUUAUAAACAAAAAAGAAAAUAGGCAUGGUUACCAGAGGCAGCACCGAUCGACCUGGUCGACCAGGUCCGCCAAUACUGUGUGUCCAUGCCACAAUAUCUGAGGAUCGGCUGAACUCAUUUUAACCUUGUAACGUUUCCUGACCCG